AUGGCCUCUUACAAGAGUUUCAUCAUAGCUUUCUUCAUUGCUUUGUCAUUCUCAAGCUUUGAGGCUGCGCUAGCAGCUUGCCGUCGUCUUCAACAGCUACCAUCUUCGCCUCAAAUCCCGACUCUGCCUACAGCAACACUGCCACCAUUGCCAUCUCUGCCAACCCUGCCACAGCCUGCAAUUCCAACGUUGCCCACAACACAACCAUCUUUGCCUAAGCCCGGAUCUCUACUUCCACUUCCUAGCUUGCCAACCAUGCCUACUGCUCCAAAGGUUACCCGGCCUCCCUUGCCUAGGAUGCCCUCAAUCCCCACAAUUCCCUCUAUCCCAUUCCUUGCCCCACCUCCAGCUACCAAAUGCCCUUGA